CUGGUCGUUUGCUCAGUGCUGACCGUGUUGUAGAAACAGGUUUGGACGUCGUGGAGGGCAAUGGCGGCACCAAGUCCUGUUGACCCUCUGCACACACUCCAGACUGCAUUGAAUUCACCUGCUAACUCCCAACAACAGGCUGAACAACUUGCUAAACUUCGUGAAUCACUUGAGCUUCAGCCAGCUCCAAUUCCCAUCCUCAUCAGCACUUUUCUCUCGAUAAUUAUCGGAAAUGCUGGCGAAUCCCUACUCAAGACGUGGGUUAUUGACCUCUUACAUUUCGCAAUAUGUCGCUCUACUUUAACAAUGGAGCAAAAGACCCAAAUCUCUUCUCAGUCUCUCGAUACGCUCGCAAAAUUGCUCCAUGAUUCAAAUGCAGCCAUCGUAAAAGCGGUCGUUCAAUGCUUCGCAACUAUGUAUCCCUUGCUGUUCCGUUUCUUCUGUAAUAACAGGUCAAAUCCUGCCGGUUGGCACACGCUUGUAACAUGCAAGGAUACUAUCAUAAGGUUUACUCAAACCCCACAAGUGAAUUUGGGCGUUAAGCUAUCUUCGUUGAAAUUCACGCAACGCGCUAUCUUACUUCAGACGCGUGGAGCCUUUGACCCGCGACUGCAAAAUAAGAAUGAUCCCAACAUCUCAAACUGUCCUCCAGAUCACCCCUUUAUAUCGGUCAACGCUCUUGAACAAGAAGGUCAAAAGCUUUUAGAAACCGUCAUCACAAUGCUCUACUCCAUCGACCACCCGGACCUUCUCUCUGCGUUGCUUAACAGCUGGUGUAAUCUCGUCAAGAUGCGGCCUGCUGCCGUACCCUUCGUAGUAGCGGCGUUGAAGGAAUGGACUCCUCGCGUUCUAAUCGAACAUGAAGUAUCUCCUUCCAGUGUCAGAAGCGUCGAGAAGGCUGUUCGAAUACUACUGAACCACAUAUCCCGGUUGCCCCAUGCAAGUCCUUAUAGCACUCAGAUAGGCGAGGCCAUGGCUCAGCAAGCUGUUCGUAUGGAAAUAGCAGGAGCCGAAGAGAAGAAAAGGAAAGUUGCCCUUGCGGCUGGACUUGAUCCCAGAAAACGAACGUCAGAAGUCGAGCGAUCAGAUGUCAAGCGCGUCAAGUUGGAGAAUGAAGCCUCAUCCUCUACCAAUUCCGCAGCAUUUUUAUCUGCUUUUGACUUUACCAGCCUCCCUUCGACUUUGAUCACCGAUCUUGUCGUUGCCAAUCUUGAGGCGUUUAGUGAAGCUGCAUUAACAAAUCUCGUCCAGACAUAUAGGCAAAGUAAAGGCUUAGAUGUGCCCCAACUGGCCCGCAACUCUGCAUUCCCAUCACAAGCUCCUUCAAGCACGGCAACCUCCCCUCCCUCGACUACUUUGUCGCAUGCUGAGGUUUCGGAACCUACUGAAACGGCGGCACGAUCUCUCGAAACUUCCUCAACGCCCCCCCCCCCCGCACCAGUAGUAAAGGACGAGCCUGUCGAUCCAUUGCAGAUGGACAUAGAUCAAGAUGAGCUUGAGUAUGAGCCAGAUAGGCUCAAUGAGGAACUGUCUGGCAGCUUACCUCCACCGGAGUCUCAGGCUGAGCCGGCUCCGGAUGCUGAUCCAGGAGAGCUGAUGGAUAUCACUCCUGCGGAUUUCAAACUUCCCUCCCCAGAGGACCUUUCUGAAGUUGAGCGGAUUGGGCUGUUAUCCAAGGCGUUUACACGAAUAUGGGAAGAAUCAGCGGAAAUAAUGCCUUCGAUAUCAACAGACAAUAUUGACUUAGGUGGCCCGGUGGACGUUUGGAUGUUACUUCUCGUGAGGAUGAUUACCAGAGUCGUAGAGCCUUCAUCGGGUGGGAACAGUGGUAACGAAGGAGAAAGUGACGCCGAAAACACCACGCAAAGCUCUGUAGUUGAGUUUAGUUAUCACCGACAAGACCAGUUGAGGCGAGUUCUCUGCGAUUACAUUAUGGUUGACUUCCCUGCAAGGGUACGCCUUGCCACUAUUUGGCUCAAUGAGGAAUGGUAUAACGACCGACUGCAAGGAACUCGCAAUCCAAAAUGGCGCGCAAGUUAUGACAUUUGGUUGAAUCAAAUCGUAGCGGCCCAUCAAACACAUCUAGACGGGAAGGAACGAAUGUUUUCCCGAUUCUUGAUGGAUAUACCUUCAGUUCCUUUGGACAUACUGGACUUGCUACGAGAUUUGUGUGUUGACCACGAAAGUUCGGAUAGAAUGCAAGUUGGGUUCUUUACGCUACGUGGUUUCGUGGCACAACGGCCCGCUUUACGGGCUGAAGCUCUAAACGUUCUAUUGGAGUUGACAACACAUUCUGAAAAGAAAACCCGAGGGGCUGCAAUCAACACCGUCAAACUAUGGGUCCCUCAUAGUCAGCCCAUGGACACAAUGAUCAGAAGUUUCGCGCUCCAAGUACUGCGGAAACUACAAAGAGCACCCGCUCGGUCCAGUCCAAGUACACCGCCGGUUUCCGAAGCGAGGCCCUCCGCUGUGGCUAACGAUGCCGAUAAUAUGCAAAUGGAUGGCACACAGCACAAAGAGGACAAGCAGCCUAAAGAAGGUCAAGAUGAAAAUAUGGAAGAUGGACAGCUUCCUCCAGAAGAUUUGAUUCAGACGCCUUACCUUCCCGAACGGAUAGAGCUCCCUGCCGAACGAAGUCAAGUACUUCAGCAUGUCGAGCUGCUAUUCGCACUAUCAGUCAAGGUUCCUGAAUUUCUUGACGAAUUGUUCUCGGCGUACGGACAGAUGGACGUGACCGUCCAAGAAGCAAUUCAAGCACUUAUCACAGCCCUCAUUCGAUCUUUAGGAUCCAGUCAUAGUAAACUCCUCACCUUGAUGAGGAACUGUCCCGCGGGCGCCGAAUCGCUGGCUCUUCGCGUGCUUACCAUCUUCACUGAGAACGGUCGACCUAGCCCAUCUCUAGUCGCUCUCGUGAAGUCACUCAUCAAUGAACGUGACCUUGAUGCAAGGUUCCUUAUACCUGUCAUCGCAGAAAUGGACAAGCCGGAUAUCAUUCGCCACUUGCCGCGAAUCGUGUCAAUACUGAAUGGUCAACCUGAGCCGAAGAACCUGGUGCGGUCUGUCUUCAGCUCAGUGGUGACAACACCCCCCCAAACCUUCGGGAGUGUCACCUCCAAUUUGCCCCGAGUGAGACAGAGCGAGCUGUUGACACCUGCCGAGUUGAUGGUUCUACUUCAUGACUCGGAGAAAGAGAUAGGUCUCAAAAGCGCAAUCGAAGCUAUCGGCAUAUGUUUCUCUAUGACUGACAUAUUCCGCUCGGAAAUCUUGGCAGUGGUCAUGCAGCAGAUUGUGGAUGAACCCACUCUUCCUGUACUGUUCUUGCGCACGGUAAUCCAGGCUGUCACAACCUACAAGUCUCUCGUCAAAUUCGUGUCCACGACAUUGUUGUCUCGAUUGAUCACCAAAAAGAUCUGGACCAACCCCCCUUUGUGGGAGGGGUUUAUUCGUUGUGCGAAAGUCAUAGCACCCCAAAGUUUUGGGGCAUUAUUACAACUGCCCAAAGAUCAGCUUCGGGAGUUGGUUGAUAAGCAACCCAGUUUGAAGGCGGGACUGCGGGAGUUUGUGACCAAGAAGGCACCAAAUAAAGCUCGAGUAUCUGGAUUCUUGGAUAUUUUCGCCGAAGCCGAUGAGAUACAGUCGGCGCCGGCGAUGGAUUCUUCGUAGGGGCUUUCCUUGCGAUAUUGCCAUAGAUUCUAUAUUCUUGUAAUAAUAAGUACUGAAUCAUUAUAACUUAUGUACGGU